UCCCAGCAUCCACCGGGGCUACCAGUGUGCCACGUAACAGGCUGUCGCUGCUACAGUGCGUCUGUCACCGGCACCGCGAGCGUCCAGUCCGGGGGUUUGCCGCCUGAGGGGGCUGCAGCAUGGGGGGCGCGCAGAGCGUUGAAAUCCCUGGUGGAGGGACAGAAGGCUACCACGUCCUGCGGGUACAAGAAAAUUCCCCUGGACACAGAGCUGGACUGGAGCCAUUCUUUGAUUUCAUAGUUUCUAUAAACGGGCUGAGAUUGAAUAAGGACAAUGACACACUUAAGGAUCUGCUUAAGGCCAAUGUUGAGAAGCCUGUGAAAAUGGUAGUGUACAGCAGCAAGACGCUGGAGCUGAGGGAGACAACGGUUACCCCCAGCAAUAUGUGGGGAGGACAAGGCUUGCUGGGAGUCAGCAUCAGAUUCUGUAGCUUUGAUGGAGCCAAUGAGAAUGUGUGGCAUGUGCUGGAAGUAGAGCCAAAUUCUCCUGCGGCAUUAGCUGGUUUGAGACCCCACACAGACUACAUAAUUGGAGCAGACACUGUAAUGAAUGAGUCAGAAGAUCUGUUCUCUCUCAUUGAGACCCAUGAAGGAAAGCCUUUAAAACUGUAUGUGUAUAACACGGACACCGACAACUGUAGAGAGGUGGUCAUCACCCCAAACUCGGCCUGGGGUGGAGAGGGCAGCUUAGGAUGUGGAAUAGGUUAUGGUUACCUUCACCGGAUACCUACUCGACCAUUUGAAGAAGGAAAGAAAAUCUCUCUGCCAGGACAGUCACCGGGGGCCCCGGUGAGUCCUUUAAAAGACGGCUUUACAGAGGUCCAGCUGUCAUCUGUAAAUUCCCCCCCAACAUUGCCUGUUGCAACCACAGGAAUUGAAGGAAGUCUGUCCGGGCUGUCACUUAAUGCUAACUCUCCUGCUGUCACCAGUGCUCUUAACUCAGGUUUACCAACAGUACCUGUAUUAACGCCACAAAUCAACCACACCCUCACCACUGUUCCUCUAAAUCCAGCUGUUUCACUACCAGGUCUCAUGCCAUUAUCCACUGGGCUCCCCACAUUACAGAAUUUACCCAAUCUUAACAUACCUGCACCCAGCCUAAUUCCCAGACCCGGCUUCCCGGACUUGACACACAAUGUGUCAGCCUUGCCACCAAUUGGUCCUUUACCAACGCUAAACCUGGCAGGACUCCCUCCCCUUACAGUGAAUCAUCAGUUCCCCACAUUUCCUCUGGCAAGCAACCCAAUUCCUUCACUGCUGGACCAGAUCCCUGCACCCUCAGUGGAAAAUGGCACAUCUACAGUGGAGGACACGGGCAGCGCGGACCUUCCUGCCACACAGAAAGUUAUCGUCAGCAGCACAGAAGCAGCAGUGGCUGAAUCCUCAUAACGUGGAUCCAUCCGGCUUCUUGUAUUUAUUUAGCCACAAGAAUGUGUUCCAAGAUGCAAACCAUCAUUAAUCUCAUACUAGUGUGUACUUAUAUAGGAGGUCUGUAAAUACAGAGAAAUCUAGUUAUGGAGAAGAAAUGAGGUUAUCGAAGAUAGAGAAGACACACGGGGAGACGUCAACCUCUUACUCGGAGAUGUAAAUUAUUUUAGCAGAAAUGAAUUUCCAGCCAAAUUGUGUUUAAUAAAAAGUUACGGCACGUGCACUCUUACUAUGUGUAUGGUUUCUGUCUCGCCCACUCCUGUGCGGUAGGCGCCUGCUCUGUUGUUCUAGGUCAGUACCAUAGAACAGAUGCUUUAUUCUAGAGCGUUCUAUACGUGGCAUUCGGGGAUAUGAAGAGAAUGUUAAUGUUUUAAAUAAAACAAUUUAAGAUUUGCGAUUUACAUACAGCAAUAAAUUACUGGCGUUUUACACUA